GCUCUUCCAGCUAAAUCAUGCUUCUACGUGACUAAUGAUGAAAUACCAGUAAUCUGAUCCGGUUAUGGAGGAUCAGGACGGUUCUGGAUCACCUCUGAGGGCCGCAGCAGUUAACAUGAGCAGGGUGGAGGUUGAAGCAGGCGAAGUGUCUGGGUGGAGCCAGCCGCUCCUGGAGGUGCUGAUGGUGCUGAUGUGCUUGGGUGCUGUGAUCGGUAAUGUUCUUGUCAUUGUUACUGUGGCUGCAACCAAGACCCUCCGUGUGGUGACUUCUGUGCUGAUCAUGAACCUGGCCCUCAGUGACCUCCUGGUGGGUGUUGGAGUCAUGCCUUUUAUUGCCCUGUCCAUCAUGAACCACAGAUGGGUCCAGUGCACGCGUCUCUGCUUGUGCAUCGGCUACACCUCCUCUGUGUUCUGCACAGCUUCUGUUCUGACACUAGCAGCUAUUGCUCUUGACCGCUAUCAUUCCAUCAUGGACUGCCUGCGCUACAGCUCCCGCUGCACCCUGUGGAAGCUCUGUGCUGUGGUCCUGUGGAUCUGGCUGCUGGCCCUGGCCUCUUGUAGCCCUCCACUAAUGGGCUGGAGCUCCAUCAGCUAUGUUGUUCCAAUGUACAUCUGUGCAAUCGACUGGGCCCACAGUUCCAGCUACACACUCUUCAUGGCUGCUCUUACCUACUUCGUACCUGCAUCAGUGAUAAUCUUCUGCUAUGUGAACAUUGUCAAAGUGGCCCUCAGCCACGCCAGGAGGAUUCACUCUCUGGAGGACUCCGUCCAGCGCAGCAGGAACUCCUGUUCUUUCUGCUCUCACACUGAUUCAUCUCAUCAGCACUGCAGGAGCCUCCAUAGUGCCUGGAGACUGAUCCAUCACAUAAAUAGAGAGUUUGUGUCUCAAUUCAGCUCAGAAGAGGGAAAUAAUUGUCUUGUUCUUCCUGGAAACCCUGCACAACAGAGCCACGGGGCUUCCAGACAGAUACAUGCUCACACUGACUCACAGCCACUUGUACAGAACACACAGCACCAUCACGGAGCGAUGCGCCUUCUCCUCAUCGUUUCAGCGUUCCUCAUCUGUUGGACCCCCUACAUAAGUGUGGUUCUCAUCCAGGCCACAGAAACUGCAAUUGCAGGUCAGCCCAGCCGCGUUCCAGACUCUGUCGUCACCUUCUCCUACUGGCUGAUGCUACUGAACUCUGACAUCAAUCCUCUCCUUUAUGCUCUGCUAAGUCAGCGUUUCCAAAGCGCUCUUUGGAGAUUCGGGCACAAAUUAGGAGCUCAUCUGGGGAGUGUGCUGAUUGGAGCACAGGGAGCUGAUGUCAGGAGCAGUGACCCCUGCUCUCUGACCUCUACACAACCCACUUCACCUCCCAGCGCAAACACUGUGUCUAUUGUCACUGUUAGUGGCGGCUUUAGGUGUCACCCUGAGGUUUGUGCGGGUAAAGCUCGUCACUGUGGGAACACCCCGUCCUCCUCUGGGAAAAACAAUUUGCAGGUUCCGUCUCGGCCUCAAGAGGGAAGCAGACUUCCUUUUUCUGCUCUGACUAACCAGCAACAGGCCACUUUUUUCUUUGGACAGAUUACAGUCAGAGUGGAUCAUAAUAUUUGCUAGUAAUUUCUGGAGGUUUUAAAUUAAUGCAUUUAUAAUAAAUGUUGCAAAAUGCCAAAACCUUUAGCUGCUACAAAGGUGCUGCUCACUACACUCUAGAAAAAGAAAUAUUGAGUUAACUUAAGUUGUGUCAACUGUUUUAGUUUAGUGUUAAUUACUUUGUUACAUAAGCAGCCGUCUUCCUGCUGAGCCUUGUUCUUGGAACAAAACACAUUUCAUUUAUAGCUUCCAACCACACGCCAGCCUCUGAUGUCCCUUCACACUCACCGUCUACAUGGCUUGUAACAGCUCCACUCAACCUAGGUACUUUAAUGUAAGGAUUAAUGUUCUUUUAGCAACACAGCAUAUAAACAUGUAAAUUAGUCUUUGUUUAAAGCACCACUAAGCACAUUUUAAUGCUUUAAUGAGUUUCUUUAAAAGUGGGGUUCAGUGAUUGUGUUGGUAGAAACUUGACUAACUUCACAUGGGACACCUGCAGCGCUCUGCUGACCAGAUUCUGCACUUAACAGUUUUGUGGAGCGGUUAGGUGUCCCAGGAGGCGCUCUUUACCUGCUUGCUGUUAGCUAUUUUCUGUGCCGGUAGCUAUGUUAAAGGCUACCAGUUAGCAUUUUCCAUUUGGCAACGGUCAAUAAAAUCAAUCAAUCAAUCAAUAAAUAACACAAGAAGAAAAAAUAAAAGUUUGCUUUUUUGGCAAAAUGGCAGAGCCUGGAAGUUAAAGGCAGAGAGUAAUGUGUUUGGAAGUGAAGCGAAAGGCUAAACCAGAGUGACCAGCCUACACUUAUUUCAGGGAGCUAAAGGAGGCUAUGGAAUCAGGGGCUGAUGUUGACCUGGCUUUGUUGCCUUUGGAUUUGUAGACAGGGUUUAAGCUAGCUAAGGGGAGCUC